UAGUCGACACUCCGGAAGUGAUUGUCGAAGGGGUAGGGAAAGAGAGAGAGCCCUCACCCUGAGUAACGAUUAGAUAUACAUAACUCCGAAUCCUCAAUUUGAAGUUCUGUAACGGGGUCGCAGUAGGGGGCAUCUACGGGUGUCCAGAUAUUACAACGAAAACAGAAGCGACGCAGACGCAAGCUUUACUCGAUUGUUGCGAAAAAGAUGACAAGAAGUGAACUUUUCAACGAUUCUGAUGCGGAAGAACUUUAUUGAGGGCAAGUAACAAAAUCAUUUCGGAUCGUCAAAGAUGGAUGCAACAAUUGAGAGAGAGUGCAGUGCUUUGGGUGGCCUCUUUCAACAGAUUAUCACUGACAUGAAGAAUGGUGCACCAUUAUGGGAAGAUUUAAUUUCAAAAGCAACAAAAUUACAUUCAUGCUUGAGGGCUGCUAUUUUAGCUGUUUCUGCAUAUCUUGAAACUUUUCAAAAAAUUGCUGAUGCUGCAACUAAUGCAAGAGGUGCAACGAAAGAAAUUGGAACUGCUUUAACUAGAAUAUGUCUUAGACAUAAAGCUGUGGAGACACGUAUGAAAUCCUUUACCAGUGCUAUUAUGGAUUGCUUGGUGUUGCCUCUUCAAGAAAAAUUAGAAGACUGGAAAAAGUCUUUAAUAAAUUUAGAUAAGGAACAUGCCAAAGAAUAUAAAAAAGCAAGAGCAGAAUUGAAAAAGCGCUCUACAGACACAUUACGAUUACAAAAGAAAAAGGCGCGCAAAGGACAACAUUUGCACGGGCAAGGGCAACCGCAAAGUCAUGGUACUUUGACUGGUGAUGUUGAGUUCAACCGAAUGCUAGAAUCAUCUGCUGCAGUUGUCCAAGAAAAACGCCUAAGUUUAGAAGAAACAGAAAGAAGAGCCGUUCGCGCGGCUUUGCUCGAGGAAAGAGGCAGAUUUUGUCUUCUCUCAAGAUUCCUGAAACCAGUACUCGACGAGGAAAUUGCUAUGCUAAUGGAACUGACACAUCUUCAAGAAGUCUCCGAUCAGUUGCAACGACAUGCUGCCUCUCCGCAUCAUCUACCACCUGCAUCGGAACAAGUGAUAACAGAUAUAAAAGGUUGCGACGUUGCACAAUGGUCGCUAGCUACGCCUCCUUCCAGUCCUUCUUUGUCUCUUGGAUCAAGAAAAAGUUCAAUGUGUUCAAUCAGUUCUCUGACUAGCAGUAGCAGCGGUUCUUGUAAAAGUCAUCCGAGCCCAUCUGGACAUCCUUGGCAUAGAUCGCUCUCUCAGUCUGUCGGUGUCAGGCCCUCCAGCAUCAGUGGUAUGAUGACGCUGCGCCACUUGGCAAACGGUAGUUCCCGUGACUCUGGCUUCACUUCACAGGAUACAUUAUAUACACAACCAAUUUCCGAGCAUCAGGUAUCAAAUGUGUCUUCUCAAAAUAAUCAAAAUACUGGUUGUACAACAUCAAGACCUGUAACCACUGCUACUUGGCCUGACUUGCAGGAAACAUCAGUUCAGUUCGACAGACAAAAUCAGAACUCGGUUAAUGAACGGCCGCAUACAAUUUCUUCCGCUUAUGAAAAAGGACAUCAGAGACCAGCUCUCAGCGUUUAUACAUUCCAAGCUCCAGACAAUAGUGGCUGUUGCCAUAGUCAACCAGCUUCUCCAGUUUCUUCUUCCUCUUCAUGUUCUUCCUCGAAUCAACAAGCAUCUAGAGUACAAUUGCGUAGAAAUAAUGGUAGUAAUCGUCCUCCUAUACCAAACAGAUGUUCUAGUUUAGAGCGGCCAACAGUUCCAGUAAAGAAUGAGCCUCCCGGAAGUCCCCGGGGCAAACCUAAAUUACCGCUUCCAGCUCAUUUAGCAAAAGAAUUAGUAACUCAUCAGCUUCAACAACCAAUGUACGUGAACAUGCACGAAUUAGCAAAUCUAGCAGCAACUCGUGCUCAAGAGAUGCAACUGCCUCUGCCUCCACCUCCUGCGUCGCUAACUGCAUCUGGAACAGAGAAGACUGAAGUUACGGAAAAAGAUGGUGGAAGUCAAACGUCAGAAUCUAGUGCGGAAUCUAGUAGUGGCUAUGGUAGUCAGACUACUAUACCGCAUUCUCAUUCACUUCAGAAUCAAAAUGAGAAUGCUUGGAACGUACCUGGUGCUGCCUCUACUUUAACGGUUCGCAGAGGAUCGGUGCAGCAAGCAAGUAAACCUCCUCCUCCUACGAGACGUACGUCCACUAUCAUAACUGCCACGUUUAGUACUCCUGUAACGGGUUCCAACGACGAACGUACUGAUAAUCCUUGCGACGAGGCUGAAAAUCUUCCACCACCGCCGGCGUUCUUGUUGGAGGGUUCUUCACCCACAGCCAGCCCUACUCCUCAGCGGUCGGUCUCAGUGUCAGAAACCGUAAGGACCCUUACAGAGUUGCGUCACACUCCUGCUAGUCCCUCCCUUCUACGGAAGGCUACAGGUCAGACACAAUCGCAUAACAAUCAAUCCAGCACGUUACAACAUAAUGCUGUGUUACAAGUUACUCGAUCUUCUGUUGAACGUUCGUGUGCAGCGAUUCGCUCGACUUCUCAAGAACGUGGCUCGACUGCUACACAAAUGACUACGAUCAACGCAGGUGUAAAUAUUCAAGGACAAGGGCCAGGAGGAGUAGGUCAAAGCUUCAUGGCAGUGCUCAGUGCCAAGCUUAUCAACAGUACGACAGGUAACAAUACUGCAGGUAGUAACAAUACUAGUAACAGUCCUAAGUCUUCGAGGAAGCACUCUAUUGAGCAGCAGAUAACGAAAACUACGAAAUCGUCGAGCGGCUUUCUCGAGACUUUGAACGCUAAGCUGGCGCAGCAGCAACAGAACAUACAGGGGAAUAUAUCGAGUAAAUCGGCAAGUGUAAGACGUAUUAUGGGUAAUCGCGUACCUAUCAUGGAUCCAUUGCAAGUUAGGGACUCAUUGAUGGAUCAGAUACGAAGGGGGACCUCUUUGAGGAAAACCAGCGGUCUCAUUAAUGAUCGUUCGGCACCUAAAAUCUAUUGAAUACUGUACUACUGAUGUUUACGUAAGUUCCUCUAUCAUCUCUGAUGCAUUUCAUUUGCAUUUACGAUAGCUGCAACAAUCGUUGACCACCAGAUACGAUAAACGUAUCUGUGUUGUUAAGCAAAUCGGCGUUUGUCACGUGUUGAUCGUUUGUAUAUGUACAUUCACGAAUGUACAUUUGAUAAUUCGACUUUGCACUUGAGCGCAUCAACAUCGAAAGUAAAAGAGCAAAGUGAAUUGUUUCUACGUGAAUUCUUUAUUCCAUCAUUAUUAAUUUUAUUGAAAAUUGCGUAGAAGAGGCAGGCUCUAUAUUAAAUCCAUCCUUGAUAUACAAUACUUUAGUGCGUAUCAUAAUAUAUAAAUGAAAUCGAAGCGAGAAUGAAACGAUUUUAAUUAUUCAACUUAGAGUCUGAUCUAAUUACAUUGUAGUAUUUGAUAAUUAAUAAGAGAUUCAAGUAAUAUAUGUAUAUUUAUAAAGUGUAUUAAAGUAGCACGUAUUAAUAUAUAUAUUAUUUCAACUCUACUUGGUUCGAGUGGAUGUAUAAUUAUACUAAUGCCCGUUGCUUGCCCGUGUUAAGGUGAGCCCGACUGAUUUAAUACCAUUGUAAUGAUUUAAUACGUUAUAUUUUAAUAAUCGCAAAGGAAAAAAACGAAAUUGAAAACACAAAAUUCGCGUAUAAUUUAAUAUAGAGCUGGUGUCUUAAACAUAUAUCUUUAUCUUGCAUAUAGUUAUACCAAUUUGUUUCCUGCAUUACCUGUCUUUCAUUUUCGUAUGGUAAGCGCACAAUCGCAUUUCUCUUUGUUUCGAGACGUCUGUGUCUUUCAUGUAUUCCCUGUGAAACAGUUUCUAAUAGCGUUUCAGCAAACCAUGACAUUAUCAUUAUUGAUACGACAGAAUUAAUUAAACAUAAACGAUAUAUUAUUACAGCCCAGGUGGAACGUAACUUUAGAAUUAAUUUUUGUAUCAGUCGCAUUUUUCCAUAGAAGUAAAUUCUUUUCAAUGCCUAUACACUGGUGUAAUAUUGUACAACAUUACAGUAUUAUCAUUUGAUCAGUAUUCCUUUUCCUCUACAAUAACUGCUAAGCAAUUUUUAUAUGCAAUGAUGUUUGUUUCUAAAUCCAACAAAAAAAUAUCUAUUCUUAUUAACGCUAUAGAUUUUAAUACGCAUCUAAAGUAUUUAUUAGGGAAAAUAUAUUUGGAACACAUAUCAAAACUUUUGUAUCGCUGCCUUUUUUUGAAUAUUCGUAUAAUGUGUAUAUAUGAUACUAUUUUAUAGUAGUUAGUAGGAAAUAUCGAAUCUACAGUUACAAUACUUUGAAACGAGAUGCAUUUAUUGAACGCAUUUACUGCCAACGACUGAUUACUGUUGCCGCUAUAUUAGGCAAAUGAUAUUUGUCACAGUACUUUGUAUGUUCUGCCUGGGCGACGCUGUUCCAAAUAUCGGGUAAAUGAUAAAAUAAAAAUUCGUAGGUGUGUGUUUGGGGAACGGCGAAUAUUAACAAAGUUAUGCGAAAAUUAUGAUCCUAUUGUAACAAAGUAUUAUUAAGUGUUUUCUGUUUUAAGUGAAUUGAUCGCGAUGGAAUUCCAGUAUCUCUAUGCAUAGAAAUAUUAUUUAUUCGUGCGGAAGAUGUAUUGCACCUUCAAGAUACCUGUUAGAACGAUUUAUUAUCGAAAUCUCGUGCGACGCCGACUGGACUGAUGAAAAUGUUACUGCCAACUCUUUAUAAAUGUUUAAUGUGUUCCUUUCUCAUUCCUGAAUGACGCGCGAUUAGGUUUUGCGUUUAACGGAGCGUCGUGCCGAGUAGUCUCUAGCGAACAAUAAAUAGUCUUUAUUUAUUUCAAUCAAGCAUUUCACCGUGUACAACGUAAAAUAGUAAUACACAUCCAGAAACGAUUGCGAUUUGAUAUUUAAUGCUGAAAGAAAAAUAUAAAUAAAUAAAUAAAUAAAUAAAUAAAUAAAUAAAUAAAUAAAUACACAUAAUAAACAUGCGCUCGCACACAUAUACAAACACACAUACACAUUAAUGUUCAUGGUAGAUAGCAAAGAUUAAUGAAAAAAAAUGUUAUUCUCGAAUGUUAUCAAUAUUGCUCCGUAGUUACAGAAUAUACUAUGAAUUCAGAUCAGCAUUAAAUGACAAACACUUAGCAUAAACAAUAGGUAACGAACAGAAAAAUUGAAAGCCGUAAUAAAUAAAUAAAUAAAUAACCAUAAAUUCAUUGUAAUAAAAUAAUAUUUAAUGUAGUACAGUUCGAAGGGUGAUUGUUAAUUUGUAAUAAUUAUUUCAGUAGCGAUCAGAUACAAAGAUAAUAAAUAAAAAGUGCAACAAAAAGAUGUUA